AUGGCAAAGAAGUCGACUAAACCCGCUGCUAAGCCUAAGGCUGCUGCCAAGACCGAGGAGACUUUGUCUGUCGACCAUGUGUCCGACUCCUCCUCUUCUGAGGAGUUGUCCAGUGACGAAGAAAUCGAAAUGGAAGAGCCACAAGCUGACACCCCAGCACAGAAGGGUCAAAAGGGACACAGCGUGAACCUUCAGAAGCAGGGAGCCAGUGAGACCACCAAAAUUAAGAAACUGGGUGGUGUCAUCUACGUGGGAAGACUCCCCAAGCAGUUGGAAGAGCGCGAGUUGAAGAAGUACUUUGGCCAGUUUGGCGACAUCACCAACGUUAGAGUGUCCAGAAAUAAAAAGACCGGUUCCUCCAGACAUUAUGCAUUUGUUAAGUUCAAGCAGCACGAUGUGGCUGCCAUCGCUGCAGAGACCAUGAACAACUACCUCAUUUUCGGCCACUUGUUGAAGGUGCAUGUAAUCGAGAACCCUAAGGACAACUUGUUUUCGGCUAAGAUGACGCCUGGCUUCAAAGAGUUUGACUGGAGAGGCAAGGAAUAUGCUGAGGCCAUGAAGGCUAAGCCAUUGGAGACCUGGAAGAAGUUGCAGCUGGAGUAUGAGCAGCAGAAGGUUGAGAAAUUUGAAGAGUUGAAAUCCCUCGGGUUUGACUAUGUUCUCGAGGCGUAG